CCGGUAAGCCCGGUGAUUGCUCGAAACAUUGUGAACGCUUAGGGCAUUGAAGCCCGAGCUCUUGCCCAGAUUUCGGAUAAAAACGGCCCUCUUUUCUCUUGAUUUUUAUUUUUCAGACAAGAACCCUAGACACACACAGACACUAUCUCUCCUCUCACUUUCACAGAAAUAACGAAACCGAUUCGUGGUUCGUUGUAGAAACCGAAGAAGAGUCAAACCUGCGAGAGAGAUAUGAGAGCUCGCCGUACACUCUCAGGUUGGAGGAAGAGCUGAACAGGAAAAAGGACUUUGGAGUUGGGAAUUCGAAGCUCGAAAACCGUGGCAGGAAACAACAGCACAGGAAUUCCGGUUUGGCGAGAAACGAACUUCGAAGGAGGUCUUCUCGUCGCUCUAAGCAACUUUAAUCGGCCUUCGAUCGUUAUCGGAGGAACCGAUCUGCGGAGUUAGAGAAGUAGCGACAAGAGAUGAAAGUGCAGAUCCACCAGAGUCCGAAGCGUUAUUUUAUUGAUUCUUUUCCGGCUGGAUCUUCCAAUUGUAAUCUCAAGCCUUCCGAUUGAGAAAAAACGGGAGGACAACGAGUAGGAGUUCACGUUGGAGACGGUCGUUUCCGCCAUUUUCAUCAUUACAAACUUUAAAUCUGCAGUAGAAGCUCAGAUCGGAGCCUGAAUUGCAGAAACGGAAAGGAAGCUUUGGUACGAAAACAAAAAGUCUCAAAUCAGUUGAAAUUGCAAAUAAAAAGGGAUUAGUUAAGUAAUUGCGUCUUAGCUGUUUGUUUCCGUCGUAUUUUCUUCUUUUCGCCGCGAAGAAGCUCAUCUGAAGCCGAAAAAAGCUCGGAUUGGAGUUGAUAUCUCAAGAAUUUUAGGCGACUGAGCGGCUUCUGCAUAAUAAACGAAGGUAAAAAGAGAACACGCACAGCUCAUCUACCCAGACGCUAGCUUUUGUAAGGACUGUAAAAAGCUAGACGGAGCUGCUGACAUUUCCGGCCCUCGAGCGCGAUAUAUCGAGCGUAAAAAGGGCUCUUUAUCACAAAACCAAGUACUGAGAAUUCGUCAUCAAUGCAAAAGGACAGCGCCCACCUGCACUCGAAACCCUAAUUCAGUUGCUUAGACUUUGCAAGAAGAGACCCACUUUUUCUCUCUCUAUUCUCUCUUGUCGGGUUCCAAAGAAGAGGGGGGAGGAUUAAGAGGAAAUAAAGAAAGAAAGGAGAAGAGCCAAACGGGUCUUGUUCUAGUUUCCUCGAGAAAGGUAUGAAAGUGGCAUGGAGGUGGACGACAUUCAACCGUGUAAACUUUCCAGGAUUGGUAACGGUCGAAACGACACGAGCAAGAUAGGUCAAAAAGCAGGAGAGCAGUACCAAGAUGAGGACGAUGAUGACGGAGAAGGUAGAGGAGGAGGUGGGUGCAGUGGUGGAGGUGGAAACGAUAGUAGUCGCCUUCGCCAGUGGCCUGCAUCUAGGAUUUUCAGGGUUUCUCGAGCAUCCGGCGGGAAAGAUCGACACAGCAAGGUUUUAACGGCGAAAGGGCUGAGAGACCGUAGGGUGCGUCUAUCGGUCUCCACGGCUAUCCAGUUCUAUGACCUUCAGGAUCGUCUGGGUUAUGAUCAACCCAGUAAAGCUGUGGAGUGGCUGAUUAAAGCUGCCGCCGAUGCCAUUGCCGAACUUCCUUCACUUAACAGUACAUUUCCCGACACUCCUAAACAGCCAAGCGAUGAAAAGAGGCCCAGCGCUUCCGAACCCAGAUUCGACCCCGCCGAGAUUGAAUUAGAAACUGGCCCUUCUUAUCAGCAACAACAACAGCAGCAGCAUAUUUCCUUGUCGAAAUCUGCCUGUAGCAGUACUUCGGAAACCAGCAAGGGUUCUGUUUUAUCUCUUUCACGGUGUGAAAGCCGGGUGAAGGCGAGAGAGCGGGCGAGGGAGAGAACUGCAAAGGAGAGGGAGAAGGAGAAGGAGAAAGAGGAGAACCAUGCUGCCCAUCAACAAGAGGUGAAUCAUAAUUCGCAGAGCUCUUCUUUCACCGAACUCCUCACUGCUGCUGCUGCGGGUGCCGCCGCUAGUGACAAUGGUAACAGCACCACAUCUGCUCAACAAAACCCUUCUCUAUCUAACUUCAUCCUCAAGCCACGACAGAUGCCUUCGACCCCUAUGGAUUACUUUGGCGCAGGACUUUUUGGGCCUGCUUCGUCCAGAACCCACCACUCUGGGUUUUCCGGCCAAACCCACUUUGGGAACCCUCAGCAGCACUCGAUGACGGUGCAAUCGCCUUUCAGUGUCACGGGCGAUCAUCAACCGGAGCUGCCGCAUUUUUCUUUCUUGCCCGAUCAUCUAUUCCCUGUCGCCACUGCGGCUGGGAAUGAUUAUAAUCUUAAUUUCACAAUCUCUUCCGGUCUUGCUGGUUUCAAUAGGGGGACCCUUCAGUCCAAUUCACCAUCUCCGUUGCCUCACCUUCAGAGGUUUUCAUCUCCUGUAGACGGAUCAAACGUGCCAUUCUUCAUCGGGACUGCAACUUCAGCAGCUGCACCCGUAGAGAAUCAUCAAUUCCCAGCUGGGUUUGAUGGCCGCCUGCAACUCUACUAUGGCGACGGCUGCAGGCAAUCAGACCUGAAGGGGAAAGGGAAGAACUGAUGUUCUGGAAGAGCAGAUAGUACUCGGUCCGUCCUCUUCGUUGCAGGACAUUUAAAAUCUGUUUUACUGCCUGAUGAAUUUAAGUACUGAGUCUCAAGUAGGACAUAGAAAUGUUAAAGGGAGUUGCAAUCAUUUGGAUGUCUGUAUAUUGCCAACUAAGAGGAAUCUGCUUACAGUACAGCAAGAAAUAACUGGUGUUUUUUUUUAUUGCAAUCUAACUCCUAAGAUUCUAGAGGAUACUUCGGAAUCCACAUCAGCAACAUUUCACUAGAUUUACUUUGUUUUGUUUUACUUCUGUUAUCUAAAGACUCUUAGUUGCCAUAUUCAUGCUGAUCAAAACUUUGGUAUCUGUUUGUUCUUUUUUUCUUUUUUUGAACAGAAACAAAUAAAUAGAAACUUCAUUGAAUAUAGAAAAGAUAUAAGAAGCAAUUGCUAGUCUAAGAGCAGCUAGCAACUUCCGACAAACCAAGAAUCAAUUAGCAUACAAGGUUGCCUAUCCCCUUGGGCAGGAGCCGCAGGACCCUGAAAUAAUUCAUCUCUAUUCAUUAUCUUUUUUUUUUUAUCAACUAUUCAUAUAUCUUCCCUAUCCAAACAAUCUUCUUAAGAAUUUAAUUGUCUUUCGAACCCACCUGAGCUUGGUGUUCAAGCUGUAUGCCAAAGAUCUAACCUCUUUAAUGCUGUGAAGAUCCACCCAAGAAGGGUUAGGAAACUCCUAUUAUCAUUCAUCUUGUCAUCAUUUGGGAGUCCUUCAAUUCUUAGAUUUAAUUCGGGGAUAAUGAAUCUAGGAGUACAGCUCAGACUAGAUAGGAAUUCUAUCACCAAUUGUACCUGGGUAAACUAUAGUAAGACCUCCUUUUUUUAGCCCCAAACUUUACCCCUCUGAAAACUCAUAGAUGUAGAUUCCAGCUCAUAACCUGUCCGGAAAGCUACAGAAGACUCAAUUGGCUCGCAACCAAACGAGGUGUAAACUAGUAGGACAUACCUUCUUGAUUUCUAAAGGUCUGCUCUAUUUCAGCACGACUUGGAUUCCUCAAGUAUGGCUAUCAAAAGUGAGCAAUAUCUCAUCUUGAGGGGUUAACAAAAGUGAGAGACAGCAGAUUUUCUAGAUGAAGAGGAGGCCGUUGCUUUCCAGCCCCUCCUGAUGUCAUUAAUGCUGAGACACUAGAAGUCAUCUAAGGUCUAAAGUCAAUUUAUGAGAGCUAUAUUGAACUUUCUUGCUUUUUAUUUUAUAAGGUAGCUGCUCCUAAACAUCUUGACAUGAUCUUCCCUUAUCUUCCAAGGGCGAAGAAGAAUGAAGAUGUUUAAAAAGGAAGUCAAUCUUAGUGGGGGAUUCCACCUAACACCAGGAUUCUAUUACAUGGUGAAGUUUCAAUAGCAUUCUUGUAAAGGACAAUUCUGUGGAGGAAAAGAACAGUUUGGCCUCGUUCAGAAAACCUGAAAAGUCUUAAGUUUGAGAUGAAUCAUCUCCCAACAGAAAGCCGUUAUUAACCGGGCUUCUUGUUAGAGAAUAGAAACCUAUUCAGGGUCCUCACCUGACAGCUUAAGGUUUUAGGUUGAAUAGUUGCUUGAGAUGGCAUCAGAGCCUGUUUGGCCAAGUAAUCUAGUAAUUAAUCCUUGCGGCCCUGUUAUAUUUAAUUAAAUUUUAGCACAAGGUAUGGGUAGGCCUAACAGCUUAAGCUUUUGUAUUGGACGGUUCCUUGAGACUUCUUGGCUAAGUUUGGGAGUGCUUAUUUGAAAAAUAAGUGCUUAUUCUAAUAAGUGUUCAUGAGAUUUUGGUGAACAAGCACUUUACUUCAAAUAGGGGUAGUAUAGUUAUUUUCAAAAUGAUGUGGGGGCCAAGACAGGAUAGAAAGGAAAUAACUGCUUAUUGAAUAAGCACUUAAAAAUAAGCCUGAAUUUUGGGCUUCUCAAUAAGCACAUACUUCGGGCUUAUUUCCCAGCAUAAGUCCUUAUUGAUGUGGUCCGGCCCAAAAUAAGUGCUUAUUCAAAUAAGCACUUAUUUUUAAGCACUCCCAAACUUGGCCCUAGUUUAUGCAAGUAAUUUUAUGAUUGCAAAAAAUUAUCAAGGAAACUGAUCAAAUAUAUAUAUAUCAAGGAAAUGGAGUAUGAGAGUAAAAGAGAUACCCAAAAGAACACCUUAUUUCUUUUUGGUAAUCAAAAGACACCUUAUUUCUUUUUGGUAAUCAAAAGACACCUUAUUAGAUGUUUAAAAACAAGAGGGAAGAUAGUAAAGCAAGAGAUGAGCUAGGUAUAGUGGAAGUGUGGAACCCCAAUACAACUCUGCCGUCCAAUUGUAUCAAGAGUCUACCCACCCCAUAUAAUAGGAGGAUGCAAAGGUGUUGAUGAAUGUAGCUCUUUGGCUUCAAUAGCAGUUUUUUAUGCCUAAAAUCAUACAUUUCUACAGAUAUUUUUGGACAUAGGAGAGUGGGCUUGGUCCAAUGUGAUUUCUAGUUAAAAACAUACAAAUAUCAAGUUUUUUUAUAGUUUCCUGUAAGGCUUCUGAGGGCUUGGGGUUGAUAUUAUGAAGUACUAUCGAUCUCCUUUACAUAGUUAAAGAGGACCGAUGCUCUUAUACAAAUUUUUCAACCAAACAGUGCCUAAUAGUUUGUCAUGAUCUAUUCUUUGCUUUUUCUUGCGUAUAUAAGAGACUUGAUAUUAUGAAGUAUUACUGAUAUCCUUUACAUAGUUAAAGAGGACCGAUGCUCUUAUACAAAAUUUUCAACCAAACAGUGCCUAAUACUUUGUCAUGAUCUAUUCUUUGCUUUUUCUUGCAUAUAUAAGAGAUCCUCCGUAUGCUUUAAUUGUUUUAUAGGUUGUAUAAAAUACCUGGAACCAUUGCAUUGAAAAACAUUGACGGGGAGAGACAAUUCUAUUUGUGUCUCAAUGUCUGUUUAUACUGUACCUCUUGUAUCUAUCAUUUAAAUCUUUAAUAUAAAUCCUGUUGUUAUUGAUAAAAAAAAUUGCAUCUUUUCCUUCUAUAUCAUAAGUCGGAGUUCGGAUAUCCUACACUGUUUUUCCUGUGUUUCCAUUUAGUCUGUGACAUGUAAUGGAACACAUGCCACGGACUGAAUGGAAGUGCCGGAGAUCUGAGGCUCUAUAAGUUGUACAAACAAAUGCAAUUAUGAUGUGGAUAAUAUGUAAAGCACGGUGGUGUAGGAGUACAUAUGGACUAUGGUCACUACUAUCUUAUUUGUUUAGAAUGAUACAUGCAUGAAUUAAAGAAAUGAAGGACCGAAAAAGUUCCAACCAGAAUCAUGUAUUUUCAUUUUGUUUCAUUAGCAUCUAGACACAGUCGUGUAUUAUGUAUAUGUUAAACUGGUCUUUGGGUAUCAAACGUGUAAAUUAGACUAACACAGAAUGUGCUUCAUUGGUAUAAAUGUCUUUUUUUUUCUCACGGACAAACGUGCAUAUACAUUUUAUGUAC